AUGAUCAGUAGAGGAUUAUUUCACACUUCAUGUGAUUAAUUGGCGGUCAUUGUUGAUUGAUCAUGUCAUAACGCUGGAGUUCGUGUGAGUUCAGCUGUCGGUGUUGUAGGAUGAUGGAUUCUGUCACAGGAUUGAUCACUGGGGCAGCAGGGGGCGGAGCUCAAGCUGAUGAGGGCGUGGAGGAAGGGGGCGGAGUCAGGCGGCGGGUCCCUCACAUUGAAAUGAAGCUGGUCUCGCUGGAGGAGGGGUCAGAGGCCACGCUGAACAGUGACAUCACUGCCAUGAUGCUGCAGCAGCAGAUGGACCGCAGGAAAGCAGCCGUGUACCUCACGCUGAUCGGCCUGCUGAUAUUCAGCACAGCGUUCCUGCUGGGAUACGUGGCGUUCCGUGGGAUGUGCCAUCUGUGCGGGGACGAGGGGGACCUGAUUCCUCUGAGCGACGCGGCGGGAGCGGACCACUCGCCCGAGGGAGGGGUGCUGUACAUGGCCGAACUCAGAACCAUGCUGAAGAAAUACCUGAGGGAGGAGCGGAUCGAGAGCACACUCAGGCGCGUGAGCCGGGCGUCUCAUCCUCCGGGAUCUUCAGAAGGGAACGCUGUGGCCAGAGAUAUCCUGCAGAACCUGCAGAACCUCCGCAUGGAUCACACCUGGACCGACUCGCACUACGCCACGCUGCAGUUUCCCUCCAGGACGCAGCGGAACACUCUCUGGUUGGUCGAUUCUGAGGGGGCGGAGCUUGAAGAGAUCGUGUUAGACCGCGAGGGAUACUGCGCCUACAGCGCCACGGGAACAGCCACGGGAGGCGUGGUGUACGUGAACUACGGCCGCCGCAAGGACUUCGAGCAGCUGCGCGCGCUGGGCGUGUCCCUCAACGGCUCCAUCGCCGUGGCGCGGGUGGGCGGGGACGUGAGCUUCGCAGAGAAGGUGUGGCACGCGCAGGAGGCGGGGCACGUGGGCGUCCUCAUCUACCCCGACCCCGCCGACGUACCCCAGGAUCCACGGCGACUCGGUCUCCAUAGCAACGCCGUCAUCUCAGAACACGUGCAUCUGGGCUCCGGUGACCCGUUCACACCUGGAUUUCCCUCUUUUAACCACACCCAGUUCCCAUCCACCCAAUCCUCAGGCCUGCCAAUCAUUCCUGCUCAGCCAAUCAGCGCCAACGUUGCUUCCAAACUGCUGAGUCAGUUGUCCGGCCCCGAUUGCCCGCGGGGUUGGCAGGGCCGGUUGCCGUACGUUCAGUGUGUUUUGGGGCCGAGCUUCACGGGGCCCUCUGAGCGCAGGGUGAAGAUGGCCGUCUAUAACACCAUGAAGCCGGUGCUGCUCAACAACAUCUUUGCCUCCAUAGAGGGCAAAAUCGAACCCGAUCACUAUAUAAUUGUCGGGGCCCAGAGGGAUUCAUGGGGCCCCGGAGCCGUGAAGUCUGGAGUCGGAACGGCCCUCCUGAUGGAACUAGCAAGAACCUUCAGCAACAUGGUGGAAAACGGCUUUUACCCCAGACGCAGUUUGCUUUUCGUCAGCUGGGAUGGAGGAGACUUUGGGAAUGUUGGUGCCACCGAGUGGCUGGAGGGUUAUCUGACGAUGCUGCACCUGAAAGCUGUGGCGUAUUUCAGUCUGGAUCAGGCCAUCCUGGGUGAUGAUAACCUCUCCGUCUACUCCAGUCCUCUGCUCACGGAUCUCGUCGAAGGAGCCAUCAAACAAGUUGAGCAUCCCAAACACACGGGCCAGUCGAUUCUGUCUCUGGUGCAGCGUCAGGGCGGCUGGAGGAACAUAGUGAAGCCGUUGUAUCUGAACAGCGGCGCCUACAGUUUCACCACGUUCGGAGGAGUUCCUGCCAUGCAGCUGCAUUUCAACGAAGACGCUCGCUCGUACCCGUUCGUCAACACUCAGCUGGACAGCGUGGACCGGCUGCAGGAGCUGCUGCAGGGGCGUCUGGGUUCGGUGGGUCGUGCCGUCACUGAGCUGGUGGGUCUGAUGGUGCUGAAACUCUCCCAUGAUCACAUUCUGCCGCUGGACGUCACCUGCUACAGCAGCACGGCACUGCAGCUCAGCUCCGCUCUCAACCUGCACGCCGCGCAGCUACAGUCGCGCGGUUUGUCUCCGCAGUGGGUUUUCAGCGCACGAGGCGAUUACAGCAGAGCGGCGAAAAACCUGCAAGAGACCAUCAAAAACAGCGACAUUCAGGACGAAAGACUGGCCAGACUCUACAACACACGCAUUAUGAGGGUGGAAUACUACUUCCUGUCGCAGUACGUUUCGGUGGUCGAGACGCCGUUCCGUCACGUGUUUCACGGUCGUGGCGAUCACACUCUGACCGCACUGGCCGAUCAUCUGUCGCUCCUGCGCUCCAACCCGCAGCAGUUCGACGAGGCCCGUUUCCGCCGCCAGCUGGCGCUCUUCACCUGGACGCUGCAGGGCGCCGCCAACGCGCUCAGUGGAGACGUCUGGAACAUCGACAACCCUCUCUAGAGCUCCACAUACAACUUCAGCAUUUAUUUAUCCUGCCGACCCAGAAAAGUGGAUAUUCUAAAACGCUUAAUGUGGCUUAAUGUCCUAAAAUAACAAUUUUCUCACAUAUUUCUCAUCAUAAACACAGCAAUCCAAGUGGAAAGACAAUAAUUUUACGUUAAGCGUUUUCUUCCCCAGUCGUCCAUUAAAACUGUUACGCGUUCUUCACGUUAAGCGUUUUAAAAUAUCGCUUCUGGUUCAGAGUGUAUUUUCAUAUCUGCUCAACACAACUGUGAUUUACUUUUUCGUCUCUUCCGGUGAUCUUGUCAGUGAUCUCUAAGCGACCACUGAAUAUCUCCUUGUAAAUUAAUUUAAUUAAUAGUUAUGAUUGAGAAGAGAUUCUUUUUUUUUUUUAUUACUGAGUGAUAAUGAGAUUCUUAUGAAUGUGAGCAGUAAUUAUCGAGAGCAGUGACUCUCAUAAUUAUGACAGUCAUACUGUCGUCCAAUCAAAAAGCAGCAUCUGCUUUCAAUCAACUCUAUGAUGUCACAUGACAAGGCUGUGACAUCAUAGAGCUUUCUUUAGGUUCCUUCACGCCACGUCGUAAUUACCGUAAUAAUGCGAUUUCAACUUGUAAAAAGCGUUCACAUCCUCUUACUAAACUGGGAAUUUUCUGAGAGCUCCGACUUAUACACUUGCCAAGUCUGCGGUUUAUCCGCGGAAUUAGGCUAACACUGUUCCCGUGGGUUGUUUUUCAUGUUUGUGGGUUGAAUCGACCCCAAAUAACAUGAUAUUUAGACCCUGGAAUGUGAAUUUUACCAGGGGAAACUGGAAAAAGUGGAUUUUACCCCCGGAGCUCCGGGGGACUCCCCUAAAAACACGAUUGUGCUAGUUUUGGGUAGCAAUUGGGAGGGUUUUGAUGUGAAAACGUGGCAACCCUGACAUGCAGAUUCAUUUAGUUGUUUACAGUGUUGCCAUAGAGCGUCACAUGUUGUCAUCUCGAAAUUACAGUAAUUACGACACGGCAUGAACAGCAUUUUACCUGUAGAUCAGGUGCAUCUCAUGUUAAACUGGAUUGAUGUGUCGAGCAUAUGUCACCUAUUGGUACAGUAUUGAUAAGACAUUGAUUAGAUUCUGAAGGGAUUUAGACAGUAUUUACAACAUGUGCUGUAUAGUGCAUUUCAAUAAAAAUGUUUUUCCUCUCUUAAA